UGAGAUCUUUGAAAAACAAAGAACAACCUCAUCAACUUUGAGCUUUUUGUCAAACACAAAUUAAAACCCUAAACCAUGGCUGCCAAGUACAAUGUAAUCAGAUCAAUCAGCUUGCCCUCAAGGUCACACCCCACCACUAUUAGAGUUGAAGAGGAGCUGAGCAAGCUCCAAGCAUCUUCAUCUUGUGCUUCAACUUCAAACUCAAUCUGCAAAUCUAUAUGUGGUCUAGAGGAGUUGUAUGAGUGUGUGGAUGAUCUUUUACAGAUGGCAUCAACCCAACGGCUCCUUUCUCAACAUCAACAGCAGAAAUGCAUGGAUGAUUUGUUGGAUGGAUCAGUGAAGCUCUUGGACAUAUGUGGUAUCACAAGAGACACCAUUUCAAUAAUCAAGGAACAUGUUAGAGCUCUUCAAUCUGCUCUUAGGAGGAGAAAAGGAGACUCAAGCCUUGAAGGCUGCAUUGCCAAUUACACUUGUUUCAGAAAGAAGAUGAAGAAGGAUGCCAAGAAAUUGAUCACAUCUUUGAAGCGAGUAGAUAACAAAAUUGACGCAUCACAACUUUUAGAGCAAGACCACCAUCUCACCGCUGUGAUUCGAGUUCUUAGAGAAGUUUGUGUUGAGAACAUGUCUAUCUUCCAAUCACUCUUGGUCUUUUUAGCUGUUCCUGUUUCAAAGCCAAAGGUAAACAAGUGGUCUCUUGUAUCAAAGUUCAUACACAAGGGAGUGAUAGCAUGUGAAGAUCAGAACGAAGACAUUAUUAGCCAUGAGUUGGAUGGUGUUGAUGCUGCCCUCUACUCUCUAUCCAAAUCUUCUUCAGCUGAUGUUGGGAAGGUGCAAAGUACACAAAAAAGAUUGGAGGCUUUGGAAAUCAUCAUUGAAGGCCUUGAGAAUGGUUUGGACAGCGUUUUCAGGCGCUUGAUUAAAACAAGAGCUUCUCUUUUGAACAUAAUCUCACAAUGAUGUUCUCUCAAAGGCCACAUUCAUUUAUCCCAAAAUCCUCCAAGGCAUCCGCAUUUUAUUAGGAUCCCUUUGGGAUUAUAAUUUUUUUGAUACAUUUGUAUAUGUAUACAUAUAGUCACACAAUGCAAUACAGUUGAGACCCAAGUUUUUAAUCUUA